AUGCGCAGUGGUGCCAAUACGGCCAAGAUGGCCAAGGUGGUGGAACGUGGGGUAUGGCAGAAGGGCGUGGCUGGUGUCGAGGAUGCAACGAGCGACGGAUUCAGGGAGAGCAGAGCAAGCGCAGAGCGCAGUGGUUGCGAAGACAGAACUCCUGAGCAGGAGAGCAGCGACAAGGCAGAGGCGCAGCGGCGGCGGCCGGAGAUAUGGGCUAGGACACGCGUCUUGGCGAUCAGGGCAGCUCGCCGGCCCACUGGCCCUCGCCCAGUUGAUAGGCGGGCCACCAGCACCCCGUCCGCUGUCCUGCUGCAAAGAGCGUCUCGAAGCCAUGCUCAGGCACACGCGAUGCAAACACUUGAGCGAUGUGGUUAUGCUGAUGAACGCCUAACGGGAUCAAGAAGCUUCGCAAGCUUUCUCGGCGCAACCUGCGUUUAG